AUGCAGGUGAUAUUCCAUCAAAUCCUGUCUCCUAGUCCAAAUGAAUGGCAGUUCGCUUUCGAUCAGGUUAUCUCGGACACCGAUGGGCGGGCACAGUUCACGAAAUUCCUUCAGUCGGAAUAUUCCGAGGAGAACAUACUCUUCUGGUGGGCUGUCGAAGAGCUGAAGGUGGUCAGUGCAUCCGACUCACGAGCCGAAUUCGAACGGACUGUACUUGAGAUGUUCGAGACGUUCAUCGCUUCCGAAAGUCCACUUGCCAUCAAUAUUGAUCACGACACAAGGACGGAUAUUAUUGAUCGGGUCGAAAACCAGGAUCCAUCGACCUUCCCCGACAACAUUUACGAAAGAGCCCAAGCACACGUCUACCGACUGAUGGAGAAGGACUGCUUCUCACGUUUCGUGCACACACCUGCUUAUAAAGAAGUGGCAAAGAAGAUGGGCCUACCGCAAACGUUCCGAUUCAACUCGGAGAAAAUCUCACCGGCCUGUUGA